AUGGCUAAUCUUACCAAACUCGAGUUUACGGCUCUUGAUAUCACUAGAAAAAAUUAUUUGUCUUGGGUCUUAGAUGCUCAAAUCCACUUAGAUGCCAAAGGUCUAGGAAGUACUAUUUUACUUGGAAAUGAAGCAACUAGCCAAGACAAGGCUAAGGCCAUGAUUUUCCUACGCCACCAUUUACAUGAAGGGUUGAAAGCUGAAUAUCUGACAGUGAAAAACCCGUUAGAAUUGUGGAAUAAUUUAAAAGAAAGGUACAAUAAUCAAAAAACGCAACAAUAUCGUGAAAAGGGUUUUAAGAAAUAUUCUGAAUUGAUUUCAUGUCUUCUUGUGGCUGAACAAAAUAACGAGCUAUUAAUGAAAAAUCAUGAGAUCCGUCCCAUUGGAUCAGCUCCAUUCCCUGAAGCGAAUGUGACUGUACGUAAUAAUCAUCAUAUACGUGGACGUGGUCGUGGUAGGGGAUGCACAAAUUACCGUUAUUAUGAUGGGGGAAGUAACAAUUAUAACCCAAAUACCCACCAAAAGAAGAAACUUGGUGAUGGACAGAAAAAAGAUAAGAAUGGCCCUUCAAGAGUUGUUGAAAAUCAAUGUUACUGGUGUGGCAUGAAAGGACAUUGGUCACGUACCUGUCGUAUGCCUAAGCAUCUAGCAAAACUUUAUCAGGCCUCUAUAAAAAGAAGUUCAAAUAAUGUGGAAGCAAAUUUGACUUUUCAAACUGAUGAUGUGGAGGCAAAUUUUGCAUACAAAAAUGAUGAUAUCAAUGAGCUAGAUGAUGCUAAUGGCCUUGAUGCUAUGGAACAUUUGGAUGUGGCUGAUUUCUUUGAGAAUCAUGAUUAG